AUGGGUGAUGGCCUUUCGGUAGGAGAUGAAGGAUAUUUCCUGAACAUAAAAUGUCAUGAAAGACCUAUAACGGAGGUCAAGUUCAAUUACGAUGGAGACCUGAUAUUCACAGCAGGGAAGGACUCCACGGCCACACUUCUUCGUGCCGAUGGAUCGGUGAUUGGUGAGUACAAAGGGCAUCGAGGGUCGAUAUUUUCCAUUGCUAUAGACAAUAAGAGCGAUGCUUUGAUGACGGGAAGUGCCGACCAGUCUAUCAUUUUAUGGGAUGUUCCUACUGGAAAGGUAAAGGCCCAAGCUGAUGUCGGCGUUGUGGUCAAAGGGCUGGAUUUUUAUCGGGAUGGAACGUUGUGCUUGGUAUGCAGCGACGAUUCCAUGGGAAAGACUUCCUUGGUUGGGAUGUUUGACACCAGGAGCAAAGAUUUUAGAAAAGUUCUCACGCCUGCCUCGUCUCCUGUGAAGGUUUUGCUGGAUGCAUCCGAGGAUUUUCUGGUUUAUUGCGACUCGAAAGGAAGUAUUAGCUCUGUAGAUCUCAGAAACCUGCAGACCAUAAAAAGUGCGAGAAUCCACACUUCCAAGAUAAACAACAUUAGACCAAGUAGAUGCAGAACUUUUUUCAUUACGGGAUCUACGGACUCGCAGUCAAAGAUUGUUGACUUUCUUGAUCUCUCUGUCCAAAAGACGUUUGUAUGCGAAGAGCCGGUGAACUGUGCAGCUAUAUUCAACACUAAUGAUAAGGUCAUUUGUGUUGGAGGGAUCAAUGCAAGGGACGUAACUACAACCAAGGGGAAGUCUUCUUUUGAGGCAAACUUCUUCGACGUUGUAACGUGCGAGAAGAUCGGAUCUUACAGCACACACUUUGGAACGAUAAAUUCUGUAGAUGUCCAUCCUUCCGGAAAGCUGUACUGCUCAGGAGGGGAGGAGGGAACUGUUACUAUCCUGGCAUUUGCUCAGGAUUUCUUCAAGGCCAACUUCACCGGUUUCAACAAUUAA